UUAACAUUGGUGACUAUUAUUAUAUCUGAUUUUCCAAAAAUAUGUUUAUCAAGCUUCAACCUAUAGAUACAAAUUAUAUACAUAUUCUUCAUUCACUCAACAACAACACCAGCACAACUUCAAAAUCCAACAACAAUGGAAAUCUUUCACUGCCUCAAAAACCACCCAUCAAGAAACACCAUUUCCCACCUCAUGAUUUUAACAAAAAAUCUAUCUUUUUCAGACCGAAAACUGACCCAGAUGGUUUUCUUGAAAACCCAGAUGGAGAAAAUGGUGUGUUUGAAAAAUGCACACCAACUGUUCGACGAAAUGCGCAAGUUUGGUUAAGAAAGGAGAAGUUGCAUACCAAGUGUUCGACGAAAUGCGUGAAUGAGAAUGAGGUGGUAAGGAAGGGAAACAACAAAUGGGUAAGGUAUGGAGGGUGUAUACCUGCUAUAUUGGAAGCUUUGGAAAGAGUUAGUGAUUUAGACGAAGCGUUUAAGCCGUGGGAAUUGAGGUUAAGUAAUAAGGAAAGGACGAUAAUUUUGAAGGAGCAAAGAGUUUGGCAACGGGCUAUGGAGAUUUUCGAGUGGUUUAAGAGGAAAGGAUGUUAUGAGUUGAAUGUGAUACAUUAUAAUAUUAUGAUUAGGAUUCUAGGAAAAGCUCAGAAAUGGGAUGAGCUUGAGAUGUUGAGGGAUGAAAUGGAGAAGAAUGGGAUUGAGGCGAUAAAUUCUACGUAUGGGACAUUGAUUGAUGUUUAUAGUAAAGGAGGCGUUAGAGAGAAAGCGAUGUAUUGGUUGGAGGUAAUGAAUAAGAAAGAGAUGGAACCUGAUGAGGUGACUAUGGGGAUUGUUGUUCAAAUGUAUAAAACCGCUGGACAGUUUGAAAAGGCCGAGGAGUUUUUCAAAAAGUGGUCUGCGCGUAAAAGUGUGGCGCAGGCCGUGCCUGAGACUGUGAAGGUUGGUGCUAAUGGCGUAGUGAAAAAAGCUGUGACGUUGAAUGGUGAUGCACAAACUAAUGUUAGUUUGAGCUCCUAUACGUAUAAUACUUUGAUUGAUACAUAUGGGAAAGCUGGUAGGGUAAACGACGCGUCUGAGAUAUUUGAGCAGAUGCUUCGAGAAGGUAUUGUCCCAAAUACAGUGACGCUUAAUACGAUGAUUCACAUGUUUGGUAAUCAUGGUCGGUUAGAAGAAGUUGCAUCAUUGAUGCAAAAAAUGGAUCAGCAUCAGUGUGUACCUGAUACUAGAACGUAUAAUAUACUUAUUUCUUUACAUGUUAAGCAUGACAACAUCGUUAUGGCUAGAGGGUACUUUAAAAAGAUGCAAGAGGCUUCUCUUGAGCCGGAUGCUGUGAGUUACCGGACGCUUUUAUAUGCUUUUUCAUUAAGACAUAUGGUUAGUGAAGCAGAAGAACUUGUAAAUGAGAUGGAUAAAAGGGACCUUGAGAUAGAUGAGUUCACACAGUCUUCGCUUACUAGAAUGUACAUAGAGGCCGGUAUGCUUAAAAAGUCAUGGUCAUGGUUUAAUCGGUUUCAUAUUCAGGGGAAGAUGAGUCCAGAGUGUUACUCUGCGAGUAUUGAUGCUUUUGGAGAGCGUGGUCAUAUUUUAGAAGCUGAGAAAGUUUUCAAAUGCUGUCAAGAACGAAGAAAUCCUAAUGUUCUUGAGUUCAAUGUCAUGAUCAAAGCUUAUGGCAUCAAUAAGAAGUAUGAUGAAGCAUGUCGAUUAAUUGAUAGCAUGGAUGACCAUGGUGUGUUCCCAGAUAAAUGCAGCUAUAAUUCACUUAUCCAAACCUUAGCGAGUGCUGACCUCCCACAAAAAGCUACUUUAUAUUUAAGGAAGAUGCAGGAAUCUGGAUUGGUUAGUGACUGCAUACCAUACUGCGCUGUGAUCUCAAGUUUCGUGAAAUUAGGCCAUUUGGAAAUGGCGGUGGGCUUAUUUAAAGAGAUGGCUGGAUUCAAUAUAGAACCUGAUGUGGUUGUUUACGGUGUGUUGAUCAAUGCUUAUGCAGAUGCUGGAAACAUUGAAGAAGCUUUACAUUAUGUCAAUGAAAUGAAGGACAUGGGUUUGGCGAUGAAUGGUGUUAUAUGUAAUUCUCUAAUCAAACUUUACACAAAAGUUGGGUGUUUAAAAGAUGCAGAAGAAGCCUACUACAUGCUUCAAAGAUUAGACGUGGGUCCAGAUGUUUAUUCUUCAAAUUGUAUGAUUGAUCUCUACACCGAGCGAUCAAUGGUAAAACCAGCUGAAGAGAUCUUUGAAAAAUUGAGAAGAAAUGGGAAUGCUAAUGAGUUUUCUUAUGCCAUGAUGUUAUGUAUGUACAAGAAAAUUGGGAGUUUUGAGGAAGCCUUCGAGAUUGCAAAACAGAUGAGAGAAUUGGGGAUAUUGACUGAUUUAUUGAGUUAUAAUCAUGUUCUUGGAUUGUAUGCUUCCGAUGGUAGAUUCAAGGAGGCUGUGACAAUUUUUAAGGAGAUGAUUGAGUCUGGUGCUCAACCCAAUGAUUCGACUUUUAAAUCACUUGGAGUUGUUCUCAUGAAACGUGGAGUCCCAAAGAAAGCAAUCAAGAAUCUUGAAAUUGUGUGGAGAGACGAUUACCAAAGAGGCUUGGAAGCAUGGCUGACCACUCUCAAUUCGGUUGUUGGUAUGGCUUUUCAAGAUAUUAGUGAUCAAUGAUAUGAUUGACUUCCAGUAUUGGACUGGAAUCUAGAAUCUUGGAUUACUUUUUUGUAUAUUCAUAGAUGUUUUGAAUCUUGUAUCACUAAUUAUUAGUUUAUAGAAUCUUGUUGUAUAUUCAUAGAAUCUUCAAUCUUGGAUCACAUAUUAUCA